AUGUGUAAUGGGCCGAUCACCAUUUAUAUAAAUUCACCAUUUUGGAACUGGUUUAUCGAGUAUCACCCAAAAUGGAUAGCACCAAAUGUAUUAACAGUGCUGAGCUUCGUCCUCAUCGUACUACCUUGCUUAAUCAUUUUAUAUUAUGAUUACGAUCUAUUUAAUGGUCCAGUUCCCAGUUCAGGUGAGACACCGGUUCUCUAA